AUGUCCAACAAAACCUACGAGUAUGGCGAAUUGGUCGUCACCUUGACUACAGCAUUUGAUGUCAUUUGGAACGACAAGGGAAGUGGUGCCACAAGGGACGGGGGUACUCUGAAUGGCAAGCGAGCAGCACUUCUGGUCGGAGCCAAAUUCCUCACUGGCACCAGCCCCGCAGUGAGACCACCAACUGACUAUACCCAGCUUUGGGCCAAACAGGACAGCGGGGCUAACGCGGAUGGGUCCUUCUGGCGACCCAUCGCACCGGCUGGCUAUACAUCAAUGGGUCAUGUCGUCCAGGCAGGGUGGUCGGUGCCUUCGCUCAGCAAGAUGUGGUGCCAACGACGACGUUUACGUGAGAGGGGUUGA